AUGCCUCACAAGCACACGCGCAGAGAUAAGGACGAGUCCACAUACGACUUACCACCGACGCAGAUCGCCAGGCCCCUACCCGUCGUCGCACCCAAGGUAGCGAGGCAAACACAGGCCAAAAAAGGCGGCAAGAAUGGUGGCAAUAAUAACAAGUCCGCCCAGCCUGCCCAGCAGCAGCAGCAGACCCAGGGCGUGAAGCGCAAGCGAGGCGCCGAGAAGAAAGAUGACGCACCUCGGGCGUUCAAAAGGUUGAUGGCGCUCAAGGAGGGCAAGAAGGUCAGGGAUGGGCUUGACGAUGGACAGAGGGGCAGCAAGAACAACGCCAAUAAGAAAAAGCAGCGCAAGGACGUUCCCACCAUCCAGCCUGGCGAGCGCAUGUCGGACUUUGCGGCUCGUGUCGACGCUGCCCUACCGGUGAUGGGGCUCGUGAAGAAGUCGACCAGCGGCAAAGAUCCUCUCGGCCUGAAGGUGCAUCGGACGAGGAAAGAGAGGCAGAUGCACAAGCUGUAUGAUGAGUGGAGGAGGGAAGAGGCCGUGAUACAGGAACAGAGACGAGAAGAGCUGGAGGAGGCCGAGGAGCGGGAGAUGGAGGAUGAUGGGGCUGGCGUCAAGUGGAGGUUGGAUAUGGAAGCCGAGGCGGCCGCUGGGAAAAAGAAGAAGAAGGGGAAGAAGGGAACGUCGAGCAAGUCGGUGUGGGACGUUGAUGAUGGAGACGAUGCUGACCCGUGGGCCGCGCUCAAGAAGAAGAGAGGGGAGGCCAAGAUUGGGCUGCACGAUGUCGUCAAGGCACCACCUGUGUUCAAGACUGUACCGAAGCAAGUGUUCAAAGUGCGCGGCGCUGCGGUCGACGUCGGCACAAUUCCGAAGGCCGCAGGCAGCUUGAAGAGGAGAGAGGAGCUGCAGAGCGUCAGGGAUGAGGUCCUUGCCACGUACAGAAAAAUGAUGGAGGGAAAACGGGCCAGGCUGGAGGCCGGAGAUGUAUAG